GCGGGGAAAGGUGGGGAGAUACUUGGCCCCUCCCUGUGUUCCUCUUUAGGCAGGUCCAAUAAAACAACAUUUCCGUUUUCCAAUCGAACACGGGUGGAGACGACCCACCCACGCAAAGGGACCCCAGGCAGGCGGCGAAGCGUUCAAGCGGCAUCUGCCGUAGGGCGAGUUCGCCUGAGGGGGCGGCCCGCCCACACACGGCUGCCCCGCGGCCGCAAACAGCGGUGACUGAAUGGGGACCGGAAGUACAGCCCGUGCGGAUUAUCUCCGGCAGGAACAGAAAGGAGCUUAACAGAGCGAGUCAUUCCCGGUCACGGAGCGCUCGAUUUCCCGGGGGAGGCGUGGUGAGAAGCGAGGACGAGCGUGAUGGCGUUUCAGGCCGUUGGAGGCGGGGCGCGAAAUUUAAACAUGGCCACGGGGGCGAGUCCCGCGGCCGCUCUUCUCCAGCCCUUGCCUGGGCCGGCUCCUUCGGGGGACGCCGCCCCGACCCUGUACGGCUCCUCGGUUCCGGUCGCUGAGGUGGAGGCGGUGGCCGCCGGGUGGAUCCUGGACUUCGCCUGCCAUUCCCUGUGCCGCCAUUUUUGUGAGGGCAACCCGAAAGACUUCGAGCGGAGCCGAGACCUGGCGCUGACUGUUAUCAAAGGGUUACACAGAGUAGAAGAACAUCAUGAGAAAACAGUAUUUCUUUGUCAGCUGUUGGCAUAUGUUUCAGAAGGAAAAUCAUUUGAUGUUCACUCUGAUGAUGGCCAAAAAGAUUCCCCUCUGGAAAAUGCACUGUUGAUUUGGACUUCAUUUCUAAAAACACAAAACAAGCAAGACAAGCUCCACGAAGACAUCAAGCAGUUAAUUCAGAUCCAGGCUGUAGCAGUGUAUCUGGAGAAAGGCUAUUUUAAAGAAGCAACAGAAGUCCUAGAAAGGAUAUUUCCAGAAUCUCUCUCAAAUGAGCCUUUGCGAAUGAAGCUGUCUGCGAUAAUAAAAAAGAAAGAUCCUUAUCAUUCGUUUCUUCGACAUUUUAGUUUCAGUCUUUUGAUUGAGAAAAUCAAAUCUUACAUCAUUAAUUUCUUGAAGGACGACUCUAAUAAUUUUCUAAUAAAGGCAGCUGUGAAAGAAGUGGAAACUAAACAAAAAAUCAUGAUACCUAUGCAGUGUGAUAAUGUAACUGACAUAAACAUAACCAACAAAAACAAAGAAAACAAUCUAGAAAUGACAAACAGAUCAUAUGAACAGGCUUGUUGCUUGGCUGAUCAAACAUUAUUAGAUCCCAAGUGGGAACAGAUUUACCUGAAACCAAAGCACAGAAAACAAAGUACUCUUCCAAGUAGGAAUGCUUUGCUGAAUAUAGAAAAUGGUCAGCAGGCUGAUCUCUCAACUGGUCAGAAAAAACAGAGAUGGAGCUGGGAAGAUGAUCAGAAAUUGAAAAAAGGUGUACAGAGGUUUGGAGUAGGAAACUGGACUAAAAUUCUUCAACAUUAUGACUUCAGGCAUCGAACUAGUGUAAUGCUGAAAGACAGAUGGAGAACUAUGACCAGAUUAGACAUAAUUUGAGCUGCUUUUCCCUCCUACAUUAGUGGUUUCUCAGCUUUCCUCUUAUUGUGUUCUCCUGAUUUAAUCGUCUCACCAGGUGGUAUUUUAUAUGUAUUUUACCAAAUCAUGGUAAAAAUAUGUGUAAUAAAAAUAAGCUUGUAGCCUCUU